AUGGGAAAACGUGGCGGCAAAAAGGGUGGUAGAGGCCGCGGCGGUGGCGGCGCAGGCCGUACGCGCUCUCAAUGGCAAGAUAUCGCUAGAGAGAACGAGAAGUUCGAACGCUACUACAAUGAACCUGAGUUCCUUUCCGAGGAGGAAAAGGACAUUUUCUGGGCUACCAUGCGGAAGGAUCUUCCCAACAGUUUCCGUUUUACCGGUUCUCGAGGACAUGCGCUAGCUGUUCAACAGCGUCUUAAGGACCACCACAUUCCCGAAAUCACUUCUAUCAAAUACGAGGACGAAUUCGUCGAGCCCCCACGCCCAGUUUCGUGGUACCCAGACCAGCUCGCUUGGUCCAUGACCACUCCUAAGAAUGUCAUCCGUCGAUUUGCGCCCUUUGCCUCGUUCCAGAAGUUCCUUGUCGCCGAGACCGACGUCGGAAACAUCAGUCGCCAGGAGGUUGUCAGCAUGAUUCCUCCUCUCCUCAUCGACGCUAGGCCUGGAAUGACUGUGUUGGAUAUGUGCGCUGCGCCGGGCAGCAAGUCUGCGCAACUCAUGGAGCUGCUUCACGCUGGCGAGGAAGAUGCCAUUGCGCAAGUCACUGAACAGAUCAACAACGGCACUGCUGGACCCGAACCCCUUGGUCCCGAAGGACUGAACGAUGACGGCCGAAGCACCGGCCUGUUGAUUGCCAACGAUGCGGACUACAAGCGCGCUCACAUGCUUAUUCACCAGAUGAAGCGCUUGAGCUCCCCCAACCUGAUCGUUACCAACCACGAUGCCACAAUGUUCCCCUCCAUCAAGCUGCCUCCUCUGCCCACUACCGAUGGCAGCAAACCCCCGAACAGAUACUUGAAGUUCGACCGCAUUCUGGCAGACGUUCCUUGCUCUGGCGAUGGUACCGCACGCAAGAACGUUGGUGUCUGGAAGGACUGGACUCCUGGCAAUGCUUUGGGACUUUACAGCACGCAGGCUCGAAUCCUGGUUCGCGCCCUGCAGAUGCUGAAGGUCGGCGGACGGGUCGUCUACUCAACCUGCAGUCUGAACCCUGUGGAGAACGAGGCUGUCAUUGCCUCCGCAAUUGAACGCUGCGGUGGCGCUGCCAAUGUUAAGAUCAUCGAUUGCAGCCAGGAGUUGCCCGGCCUCAAGAGAGCCCCUGGUCUGAAGACCUGGAAAGUGAUGGACCGAGAGGGCCGCAUGUGGAACAACUGGCAGGAGAUUGAGGAGCACCGAGACCAGGAAGGCAUCAAUGGUCUUGCUAGACUUGCAGAGGGCAUGUUUGCCCCCACAGGCGAGGCUGCCAACCUGCCCCUUGACCGAUGCAUGCGUGUCUACCCCCACCAGCAAGACACUGGAGGUUUCUUCAUCACAGUUCUUGAGAAGACCUCCGAAAUCAAGGCUAAGCCGGAGAGCAGCAACGUUAUCCCCAAGGCUUCCGUUGCAGCUCUCGCCGCGGAGCUUGAUUCUAGGAAGAAUGAGGUGGAUGGAAAGCCUCUCGAGAAGCUCGAGUCCCUGGAUGAAUUGGUUACUCCUGACCAAGACGCCGAGAAGGAGCUCGCGAAGAAUGCUACUGUUGCCGAGGCCGCCCAUCAGCUUCCGUACUCUGCUACUCUUGAUGCAUCGGCCCCUGUCUCUAUCCCGAAGCGGGAUGCAGACGACCUCGACCUCGAAGAGGAAGUUCCUGCCAAGAGGACUAAGCUUGAUGACGGUAGCGAAGUGCUUGUCGGUGACCGUCCCGUCCACGUCCCAGCGCCUGUAGUAGGAACUGGAAUUGAUACCCCUGGUGACAGCACACCUGCUACCUCCGCGGCUACUACACAACCUUUCAAGAAGAAGGGUCCUCGUCAAGAGGAGCCAUUCAAGUACCUUGAUCCCAACCACGAGGAGCUUCUUCCUAUCUAUGCAUUCUACAAGUUGUCGGACCGAUUCCCCCGUGACCGCUUCAUGGUCCGCAAUGUUGAAGGUCUCCCAACCCGCACAAUUUACUACACCAGUGCCUUGGGACGUGAUAUUCUUACCUGCAAUGAAGGUCAGGGCUUGAAGUUCGUCCACUGCGGUGUGAAGAUGUUCGUUAAGCAGGAUGCACAGCGUGAGAACGUAUGCAGAUGGCGUGUUCAGACCGAUGGCCUGAAAAUCGUUGAGCCUUGGCUGGGCCCUGAAAAGUCCGUCAUCCUGACCAAGCGGGAGACUCUGCGUCGUCUCCUUGUGGAGAUGUUCCCUAAGAUCGCUGAUGAUGGCUGGAAGGCUCUGGGCGAGAUUGGCGAGCAAGUAAAGGAUAUCCCCAUGGGGUGCAGUAUCCUUCGCGUUCAAGCGACCGGCGAAGAAGAUGGUCUUCCUGAGGCCAUGGUUCUGCCCUUGUGGCGAUCUCUCCAUUCUCUGAACCUUAUGCUUCCCAAGGAAGAGCGCCGUGCCAUGUUGCUGCGUAUUUACAACGACUCCACCCCUCUGAUCAAUACUACACAGAAGAAGGGUGGCAAGACCGAAUCGACCGCUGAGGCUGAGGAACUUGCACUGAUGGAAGAGAAUCUCGAGGUUGGACAGGAAGCGCAGGAUGAGGUCGAUGAGCGUGAGACAUACACCAAGGAUGGCGAUGAGGAGGAUCGCUUCAACACCACUGUGUAA